AUUCAAAACCCAGCGAUGAGCGGAUACAGCAAACUGUUAGCGGAGAUUCGCUCUGCCAUUGUCCCGCGACCUUUGACCCCGCCGUGAGGUUGGUGGGGUGAGAGGGCAGGCCGCCAUUUUGCCGAGUUCGCUCCUGAGGGAUCGAUUGGGGCAGACAACAGGAUUGACCGAUACAUACUUACAUAGAAAGAGAGACACACACAGAGAUGUCUUCCUUCUCCGAGUCCGCCCUCGAGAAGAAGCUUGCUGAGCUGAGUAACUCACAGCAGAGUGUGCAGACCCUCUCUCUGUGGCUCAUCCAUCAUCGGAAACACGCAGGGAUCAUCGUGCACGUCUGGCACCGGGAGCUGAAGCGAGCUAAACCAAGCAGGAAAUUGACUUUCAUCUACCUGGCUAAUGAUGUCAUUCAGAACAGUAAGAGGAAAGGUCCUGAAUUCACCAAGGCUUUUGAGGGAGUUCUUGUGGAUGCUUUUUCGCAUGUUGCCAGAGAAUCUGAGCAGAGUUGUAAGAAACAAAUGGAACGAGUCCUGAAUAUCUGGCAGGAAAGAAUUGUCUAUGAUGUUGAUUUUAUUCAACAACUUAAGUUAACCGUGGAUGAAUCUAACAGUCCGCUUCCAGUAGAGAAUGCUGGUUCUAAGGUCGUAUACGAUCAACCACCAUCUUGCCCGUCAUCCAGUGAAAGGCAGUUUCGGUCUAACAGAGUUCGUAAUGCUGAGGUUGUAAAAGGUCAUGAAUCAGCAACAUCUGACUCUUCAUGCAGCAUCUCAUCUGAUACCAGAUAUAUAGGUGAAGAGAAGCGAGCACCAAAACGUAGCUAUCCUGUUGUUGAAGAUGAAGAAGAUGAUGAUUAUAGAGUCAACUACUCCCCUUUAGACACUGGUACAGGUCCAAUGUUGACUGAAAAUCUGAUCAAAGCAUUGCAAGACUUGGAAAAUGCAGCAUCAGGAGAUGCAACAGUUCGGCAGAAGAUUGCAUCGUUGCCUCAAGAAGUGCAAGAUGUUUCACUCUUGGAAAAUAUAGCAGAUAAAGCAGCUGCUGAAAGACUUUCGAAAAUUGUUGAUGAGGCUUGUUUGCUGCUUGCGGAGUAUAAUGGGCGGCUAGCAGCCGAGCUGGAUGACCGGAGACAACUGGCACGAAUGCUGACUGAAUACAUCAGUAGUCAGAAGGAGAUUCUGGGAGAGAAAGAGAAAAAACUAGCGGAAUACAAACAGAAACUGGCUCAAGUAACGCAAGUUCGGAAAGAGCUGAAAUCUCACAUUCAGAAUUUGCCAGACCUUUCAUUGCUUCCAAAUGUUACAGGUGGUUUAGCACCAUUGCCCUCCGCCGGUGACCUUUUCUCUAGUGACUGAACUUGAUAUCCUUUUCUCAGGGGUCAAACCGCAAUACCUCCACUGUGUGUGACAACUUCUUGAAGGCAUGGAUCUAGGAUAUGAUGAGGCCUAAAUCAGCAGGGCCAAACCUUUAAGACAUCUGUGUGCAACUUGCAUUAGAGCUGUAGUAACCCUAACAUGAUGGCUUACAGCAGUUUGAAACAUGGAGGAAAAUAAACACUAUUCAAAGCCACUGCUGUUAACCUGUAAGUUCCAUAUACACAUCAAUUCUGCGCCUGGAGCGAUGGAAACUUUUUUUCUCCAGUUAGGAUGUCAAGCGACAUCCUUGUGACAAUGUGAACCAGAUGAGCAAUAUAAAAUGUACAUGAGUCCGCAGUACAGAAUAUUUUGAAUGUAGUUGAGUGUAUUAAAUAUAGUGCCGGUAAUCUAAAAUGAGAAUUGGGCAAAUUGUUGGCACUGUAACAAGAGUGCUGCAUUACGAGGAGCCUUUGUACUGUUCUAGAUUACAAGUUCUUACUCACCUGAAUGUGACAAGUUAGAUAUCCAGUUUUUCCAAUUUGACCACUCAUCUUGCUCUUUUAAGCACAACAAUUUUAACUUUUUUUUAAAAUGUCCCUCCAAAAGUAAGGGAAAUCUAACUUUAAAAAUGCAUGAUCUUUAACUUGGAGUAAUCUUUCAUUAAUGGUGCCCAUUGGGUCUGAGAGUAGAAAAGGUUUCCCUACUGUAGUAAUUGAUAGUUAGCUGCAGCAUAUUCUUGUAUGCUGGUCCUGCGAGUUUGCAUUGGGAGUGUAGAGCCAAUUCAUCCUUGAUUUAAAAAUAGGCAUAUCCAAAUAUUUAAACCAUGUUCAUAUUGAAGGCUGACUUACGGCCAGCAUAUAUCAUUAUUUUCCAGUUGGUGCUUGGAAUAUGUCCAACGAUACUGCUUUGCUGUCAGUAGAAGAAAGAGGUGCUCUUCUGUUACCGUUUUGAGUUUCAAGUGUCUUAUUUAGGUCCAUGACAACUGAGUUUGGUUUUGUACUGUGGGCUCAAUUCCAACUCUCCUUCCCCUUAUUAAGGACUAAUUGAGAAACAACCUGCAACAUUUAGACUUGUUUUGCUUGUGUUAAAUUGUUUCAGUUAUUUGAGAACGGAGCAAAAUCAACGAUUAGGUUGCUUUGUUUAAAGAAAAAUUCUUGUACGUUCAAUUUUUUUCAGAAGUGACAAACUAAAACAUGAUUUUUACCUUGUGCCGAGGGUACUUCACUUCCAAAAAUAUUCCUCAGUUCAAGCUUGAACAUUUUUGUUUAAAGAUUUAUAUUUGUAUUAUUUGACAGCUGUGGGACUCUAAGACCUUAAUAUGGAAAAGUAUUGCAAUUUGUUCAUGGAAAGAAGUUAGAAGAAACCAAUUUGGUGAAAAGCAAAUGACAAGCAUGCUGAAGAAUUUUCUUUAUUUAAAAAAGCUGGAGUGGGAAAGCCCUUUUGGAUCCUUGCAAAUAUGUGAACUAUUAAGUGAAUUGAACUGGUUAACAGCUUUCAUAUUUAGUGUUUUUAUUUGCUUUCAAUGGAUUUAAUUCCAAUAAGUAGCUGGUUAGGGAUUUUUUUUUAAAACAAGAAGUAUUCAGUCAGCCUGACCACACACUUAAACUGUCUUGGCCUUAUCAAUAUACAUUUCUCUUUGACUUUUUUGUUUAUUUGUGUGAACAAAUGACAAUUUUAAAAUAGGUUCAGCUACAAAGAAAGAGUUGUCUGUUGAUCUGUUAGAAAUUUUAUAAAGUUGUUGCCACACAAGACAGUCGAUCUCUUGACUUGCAACCGCUAAGGCCAAAAUUACUACCCCAGACUGGUGAGCUUCACUUUUUGUUACCUUUUAUAUGGGUUACGAAGAGAAAUUAUCUGACAGGCACUUCUUUCUGUGCUACUUGAGCGACGUUAAUAGUAGUUCAAAUAAAUUACUUGGAAAUGUCUCAUGCAGGGGAUUUCCAGCUACAUACAAUGAUGAGAAAUGUAAACCUUAAGUUCAUCUGCAGUGAUUCAGGGAUGAUGAAACAAGCUUUCUAAAGUUCUAAAUCAGCCUUUACUUUGUUUACACCUGCCAGUGGCGUGCAAAUGGGAAAUACAGUUUAUCUUAAUGUGAUAUCUACAUUGGGCCUCAGGCUUUUUUUGAUGAAAAAUGAUUCAUUCUUUUGAGCUGGUCACACAUUUGAGGUUCUCUAAAUUUAUAGGAUUUAUCCUCUUAACUGAAAAUUAAGAAGCCUUUCUGGGAUAAGAUAUCCACCACUGUAGUCUUAAGUUUAUUAAUAGCAUAUCAUUCAAAAGAUCAUUAUUUCCUAUACACAAUCAAAUUAUUACCAUUUGUCCUAUUUUGUAGGAGCUAAUGUUUCUUUUAAAGUCAGCAUUGUAAGCAUACUACCCUAAUUUGGCAGCCAUUCUAUCCAAACAACUGCUUGGUAGUUUUGAGGGGAAAGCCAACCUUAAUAUAAAUGGGAAGAUUGACAGUGGUGGUAUUUGUGUUAGGUAUUCUGGCCAAACUAUGUCAUUACCAUAUUUUCAAUAUUGACCAAAUGUAGUAAUUUUGCAAAAGGCCAGACAUCCAUUGUAAAUAAGUUAAGAGAUUUGUUGAUUUCCCACUAGUUGCACAGUGUUCUCAGGGGAAUUGGAAAGCUAGGCAUCUUUUUGUCUCAAAGCAAUUGCGCUUUGUGCAGUUUGCUUAAUCUGCAACUUUCAUGAUCACCCAGAAACGUCACUGAUACAGGUCAUUCUAGGUCAUGGUACUUAAUGUGGAUUUCCCUUUUAGGACUGGCAUAUGAGACUACAUAGGCCACUUAAGUGCAAUUUAGUUUUGGCUUGUAAUGUAGCACCCUUCAGAAUAUGCCUUAAGUCAAUUCCAUGCAUAAUUUUCAAAUGUCUCCCAAACAUGAGUAUUUCAGGAAACAUUACUUCUAUUUUUUUGUGAAAUUUGUCUGCCUGCAAAUGUAUAGAAAUCUUUGAAUGUAUUUGUAAGAAGCUGAAUAAAAAUAGUAAUAUUGAACACAAGUAAAAUUACUCAGUGAAUGUGUAAUAAGUUAGUGUUGGAAUACAAAAUAAAAAGAUUGAAUUGGACGUAUUGAUCAAAUUCUGACACACCCUUAUUUUAAUGUUUACAUAUUGAGAGUUAAUCAAGUUAUGCUAACGAUAUCAGAGAUAAUGGGAACUGCAGAUGCUGGAGAUUCCAAGAUAAUAAAAUGUGAGGCUGAAUGAACACAGCAGGCCAAGCAGCAUCUCAGGAGCACAUAUGCUAACGAUAUAUUUGUUUUGUUUAAAUGUUUGGUUCAUGUAUGAUAAGAAAGGAAGAAUGAAAUGGGGUGGAAGUACUUCAGUUAUCAAAAACAAAUAACUGGUCGAAUUCAACAGAUAACUGUUUGGGAAAUCUUAAAUGAACAGACCUGAAGAUUCCAACUGAAAUUAAUUACUUUGAAGUGUAAUGGAACAGAGACUUAAAAACUUUGAGUAAAAGCACAGAGUUUAAAAAUUAUAACUGAGUUGCAUCAGGAGAGACUAGUACAUUUCAGUCCUUGUUCAGGUUUUCUGCAACAGAGGAGGACUGUUCAGGAAUCCAGUUCUGCAGCUCCUAAAUAAAAUACAAAUGUGAUAGAACCUGUUUCGGAUGUCAGUAGUUUGACAAUCUUGGCCUUUUGUUUAAAGCCAAGUUUUUAUUUUCAUAUUGUACUUGAGAUUUUGGUGAUAAUGUUUCUACUCCUAGAUAAAGUACUCAUGACCCAAUCAAACUUAUAAAGUAGGCUAUGAAAUUGUAAUCCGCAGAGGUUUGUGUAUAUAUAGCAUUCUAUCUUUUAACUUUUGUCAGAAACAUUAUAAUUGGAUGACCUGUUUCAGUUUUAAUUAAUAUGCACCCUGCAACUGAGUCUGAAAGUUCUCAUAGAUUUUAUGACUAUGUACCAGUAUUUUGACACUGUGAAACAAAAAAACCAUCUGGCACUAGGAUUGUCUUUAAACAUGAGCAAAAUAUUCCUGAUAUAAAUGUUACAGGCGUCAAAUCCUAGCCACAAAUGUAGCAAAAUUUGUUAAAGUCAAAUCAGCUAAUACAUUUUAAAGACCAUUUGUAAGAAAUCAAAAUUAGGCAAAGGAGCUAUUAUUGUU